AUAUGGUCCAUGAGCACAUGACUUCAGAGAUGGACAACCAGAUCUGCCACAACUUGUGAUUGGCCUUAAGUUGACUUGCAACCAUCGAAGAGCUUAACAGGAAUUGUCUCGUUCCUGAUUUUUUGCCUGUCUGAUUGCCUCACCCCACCAGCUUCAGCAUGUAUGGGAGCGCUCGUUCCGUGGGCAAGGUGGAGCCCAGCACGCAGAGCCCGGGGCGCUCGCCGCGCCUGCCGCGCUCGCCGCGCCUGGGCCACCGCCGCACCAACAGCACGGGGGGCAGCUCGGGGAGCAGCACCGGCGGCGGCAGCGGGAAAACCCUUUCCAUGGAGAACAUCCAGUCCUUAAAUGCUGCCUAUGCCACGUCCGGCCCGAUGUACCUAAGCGACCACGAGAACGUGGGUGCAGACACGCCGAAGAGCACCAUGACCUUGGGCCGCUCGGGAGGGCGGCUGCCUUACGGUGUUCGCAUGACUGCCAUGGGCAGCAGCCCUAACAUUGCCACUAGUGGAGUUGCCAGUGAUACCAUUGCGUUUGGAGAGCACCAUCUGCCCCCGGUGAGCAUGGCCUCCACUGUGCCUCACUCGCUGCGCCAGGCCAGGGAUAACACCAUCAUGGACCUGCAGACGCAGCUCAAGGAGGUGCUGAGGGAGAACGACCUGCUCCGCAAGGAUGUGGAGGUGAAGGAAAGCAAGCUCAGUUCUUCCAUGAACAGCAUCAAGACCUUCUGGAGUCCUGAGCUCAAAAAGGAGAGAGCUCUGAGGAAGGAUGAAGCUUCAAAAAUCACCAUUUGGAAGGAGCAAUAUAGAGUUUUGCAAGAAGAAAACCAGCAUAUGCAGAUGACUAUCCAGGCUCUCCAAGACGAGCUGCGGAUCCAGCGGGACCUGAACCAGCUGUUCCAGCAGGACAGCAGCAGCAGGAGCAGCGAGCCCUUCGUGGCAGAGCUGACAGAGGAGAACUUCCAGCGGCUGCACGCGGAGCACGAGCGCCAGGCCAAGGAGCUGUUCCUGCUACGGAAAACCUUGGAGGAGAUGGAGCUGCGUAUUGAGACACAGAAACAGACCUUAAAUGCGCGUGAUGAGUCCAUCAAAAAGCUGCUGGAGAUGCUGCAGAGUAAAGGGCUGUCAGCAAAAGCCACUGAGGAAGACCAUGAGCGGACACGACGGUUGGCUGAGGCUGAGAUGCACGUGCACCACUUGGAGAGCCUUCUUGAACAGAAGGAAAAAGAAAACAACAUGCUGAGAGAGGAAAUCCAUCGUCGAUUUGAGAACGCUCCCGACACGGCCAAGACAAAGGCUCUCCAAACUGUUAUUGAGAUGAAGGAUUCAAAAAUUUCGUCCAUGGAGCGUGGCCUCCGGGAUUUGGAAGAGGAGAUUCAGAUGCUGAAGUCAAACGGAGCCCUGAGCACCGAGGAGCGUGAGGAGGAGAUGAAGCAGAUGGAGGUGUACCGUAGCCAUUCCAAAUUCAUGAAAAACAAGGUAGAGCAACUGAAGGAAGAGCUAAAUGCCAAAGAGGCUCAAGGGGAGGACCUGAAAAAAAGAGUGGCUGGUCUCCAGACCGAGGUCUCUGCAAUUGGCCAGGUGAAACAGGAGCUGUCGCGCAAGGACACCGAGCUGCUGGCCCUGCAGACCAAGCUGGAGACCCUCACCAAUCAGUUCUCUGACAGCAAGCAGCACAUCGAAGUUCUCAAAGAGUCUCUUACAGCUAAAGAGCAAAGAGCUGCCAUCCUGCAGACAGAGGUGGAUGCGCUGCGGUUACGUCUGGAAGAGAAGGAGACCAUGCUGAAUAAGAAGACAAAGCAGAUCCAGGAGAUGGCAGAGGAGAAGGGGACUCAAGCAGGAGAGAUCCACGACCUCAAGGACAUGCUGGAGGUGAAGGAACGCAAAGUUAAUGUUCUUCAGAAGAAGAUCGAAAACCUUCAAGAGCAGCUGAGAGACAAGGAGAAGCAGAUGAGCAGCUUAAAGGACCGAGUGAAAUCCUUGCAGGCUGACACCACCAACACUGACACUGCCUUGACCACGCUGGAAGAAGCGCUGGCAGAAAAAGAAAAGACCAUUGAGCGUUUAAAGGAGCAGCGUGACAGAGAUGAACGAGAAAAACAGGAAGAGAUCGACAACUACAAGAAAGACAUUAAGGACCUGAAAGAAAGAGUCAGCAUUUUACAAGGAGAUCUCACAGAGAAAGAGACAUCAUUACUGGAUCUUAAGGAACAUGCUUCAUCAUUAGCAUCAUCAGGACUGAAGAAAGAUUCAAGACUCAAGACACUGGAAAUUGCAUUAGAACAGAAAAAGGAAGAAUGUUUGAAGAUGGAAACACAAUUGAAGAAGCACCCUGAAGUUUUAUUGAGUCAUCCAUCCAAGCUAGCUCACGAGGCAACGCUGGAGGCGAGGGCCAGUCCUGAGCUGAGCGAGCGCAUGCAGCAGCUGGAGCGGGAGGUAACGCGCUUUCGGGAGGAGUCUGGCAAGGCUCAGGCUGAGGUGGAUCGGCUCCUGGAGAUCCUGAAAGAGAUGGAAAAUGAGAAGAACGACAAGGAUAAGAAGAUAGCAGAGCUGGAAAGCCUCACCUCAAGGCAAGUUAAAGAUCAAAAUAAGAAAGUAGCAAAUCUGAAGCACAAAGAGCAAGUGGAGAAAAAGAAGAGUGCACAGAUGCUGGAGGAGGCCAGGAGACGAGAGGAUAACCUUAAUGACAGCUCCCAACAGCUUCAGGACAAUCUGCGUAAAAAGGAUGAUCGGAUUGAAGAAUUGGAAGAGGCACUCAGAGAAAGUGUUCAGAUAACUGCAGAGCGGGAAAUGGUGCUAGCACAAGAGGAGUCAGCCAGGAUCAAUGCUGAGAAACAGGUAGAGGAGCUGAUGAUGGCUAUGGAGAAGGUCAAACAGGAGUUGGAGUCAAUGAAAGCAAAAUUGUCCUCUACACAACAGUCUUUGGCUGAGAAGGAAACCCAUUUGACCAACCUACGAGCUGAAAGAAGGAAACAUUUGGAGGAGGUCCUGGAAAUGAAACAAGAAGCCCUUCUUGCUGCCAUUAGUGAAAAAGAUGCCAAUAUUGCUCUGCUAGAGCUUUCAUCCUCUAAGAAGAAGACUCAGGAUGAAGUGGCUGCGCUGAAACGAGAGAAGGACCGUCUUGUGCAACAGCUCAAGCAGCAGACUCAGAACCGUAUGAAGCUGAUGGCUGACAACUAUGAGGAUGACCACCUCAAAUCCUCAUCCCAUUCCAACCAAACCAACCACAAGCCCUCCCCUGACCAGAUAAUCCAGCCCCUCCUAGAACUUGACCAGAACCGCAGCAAGUUGAAGUUGUACAUCGGCCAUCUGACAGCCCUGUGCCACGAGCGCGACCCCCUGAUCCUGCGUGGGCUCACCCCGCCUGCCUCCUACCACCUGGAUGAUGACCAGGCAGCUUGGGAGAAGGAGCUGCACAAGAUGACCCAGGAGCAGCUGCACGACGAGCUGGAGAAGGGGGAGAGGGAGAGCGUGGAGCUGCAGGAGUUCGCCAACGCCAUCCUGCAGCAGAUCGCGGAUCACUGCCCCGACAUCCUGGAGCAGGUCGUCAACGCCCUCGAGGAGUCCUCGUGACCUCGGCCACCAGCCCACAGAGCAGCACACCAGUGGCCAAGCCCAGGCAGUCCACGGAGCCAUGGGAGUGGAGAGCAAUGGGAAAGACAGAACAUGGAAACUUCUGGUGCACCUUCGACAAAGAAAACAAAGGCAAAAAAAAAAAACCCUUCUGAAAACUACAUGCUCUCUAGGUUCUUCCAGUCUAUGAUUAAUCAGCCAUUUUUGUAUUCGUCUUCUCACUGCCUUUCUACUUUAGAAUGCAAUUCCCCAUUGACUUUGUUGGUGGUGACUUUUGGAUACAGCUAAGCAGAGCUCUUCCAAGUCUACUGAGCAAAGAAGAGGGGAUCCACUGAACAUAAGCAGCUCUAGUUCUCCGUGAGGUUGCAGAAGAGUAGCCCUCGCCUUUCAUUAAUAUAUUGCUUUUUCCUUCUUGUCUUCUUUCCUCCUUCCUGUUUUUUUCUUUUCAUGAAAGCUGAAAGCCUGAAUUUCACAGUGCUAAAACCAAACCUGAGUGUGCUCUGAUUAUGGCUCAUGGCUGGCCAGCAUCAGCUAGCUCAGGUCUUGCUGCCUGUCUCAAUGCUUCUUAUGUUCUUAAAUAACAGAGUGAGGAAAGGAGAGUUUCCCCCCUUGCUCCUGUCAGUCAUUUCAUCUAGCAACUGGGGGAAAAAGGUAGUCAGGCAUACUGGUACUUUCUGUUUACCUUACGUGGAAUUUUAUUGUCCACUGGUCUGACUCCAGAUUGCUAGUUGGGCCAUUUUUUGAGGUAACUGUUUUCAUCUUUUGAUUUUUGGGGGCUUUUAAAUGAGGUUUCUCAUCAUAGGUCUGUGUCUCCUAAGUUCUUACUUUAUAGAGAGCUCUCUCCCUUCGAGCAGGUGUGGUCAACAGGUCAGUUCCCAGCUUUAACUUGUACAGUUUGUCCAGUUUUUCAGGCUGUGACUUUGUGAACACUGCCUGUCAUCAGAGUAGUCUUAAGCAUUCUGUAAAUGAGACAUUUGCAUCAUUUAGCUUAAAAGUAUAAUUUUAAAGCUAAGUUAGGUAAACCAGUAGCAUAUUUCUUACUAUAAUUAUAAUUUAAUUUAUUUUGGUUUAGCUUACAUUGACGAGGAAUGAGUUUGAGUUCAUAGCAAUAACCCUUAUAAGGAAGAGCAUCUCUGCUGGAGUUGGCACCCAGCUGAGUAGAUAGGUGUAAAAUCACAGCUUUACUUAAACCAGUGCAAUUCUUCUGUGCAUAUGAGAGGCCUUAGUUUUAUUCCCAUCCACCUUUGACUCUCGUUACAGCUCCUGCUGAUAGGUAAUAUGACCUGAAAUCCCAGAUCAGUUUGUCCUUGUGGUAGCAAGUCAGAAAUCCUAUUUUAUGAGUAGGACUUGGGUGUUCAUUCUUGGACUAUGCAUUAAUGGGGAGACACGUUUUUUCCUGGCUGCCAGUGGUUAUGUGUGUCUGGGGGCAUCUGCAGGACAGAGCCCUGUAACAUGUCCCCAUGUGCUCCUUAAAGGAGCUGCUCCUUUGACUGGCUCAUGUUACUUCAGAGAGUGAGGGGAAGGCAAAAGGAGACCAAAUAACACAGCAGUGGAAGAUAUCUUGGUUUUCUAGUUAAUAGCUAAUUAUGAAUCUUCUCAGUAAACCUCCCAUUCAGAGCCUGCAGUUUAAUUCCAUAUAGCUUACUACAUUUUGAAUUUAAUCACUAAAUUAAAUUAAAUUAAAUUAAUCACUAAAUUAAAUCACAGUUUUGCUAAGGAAAAUGUUCCAGGCCUUUUCAAGAAAGCUGCAUUUCUUACAUCUCUCAGAUCCACAGCACAGCUCGCCUGUAGGUCUUUCACACUUUGUUUUUAUCUUUUGAAGUGACCAAUUGCUUCCAACAGAAAGGAAAUCAGCAAAAGUUUGAGUAAGGGAAGAUGUACCUUGUAGGUUUUUUUUUUUCCAAACAAGCAGUGAAAAUUGGGCAAAACUGAAACCUUAUGUACCUGUAGACUCUAUUGAAAACUAGCUAAUUUUAAAUAAAUCACAUCCCCCUUGAUUCUACUGUAACAAUUCAGAAGAAGGAGCUGCAUUCAUAGCCAGGAUGUCCAGGAAGAAGUAAGUCUCAAAAGAAGAGGCAAAUCACUCCUUUUCCAACUUGGGAAUUGCCAGUGCUUUGCAAAUCAGGAGAACUAACUUUAGUUCUUCCUGUAAUAGCAGCCUGUGUCUGCAGCUUUUUUUUUUUUUUUUUUUUUUUUUGUGUCGUGUGUGAGGGGAGUAAUGGGAACCUGAAUGUGGGGAAGGGGGAAUGCCGGAAGGCCAGCAGACAGUGACUGUACACACUGCUGGGCCCUGCCUCAUCCCAGAGCCACCCCUCUGGUCCCAUUCUUUGAGUCAGCAUGUUUCGAUAGGAGCUGUUGUUUUGAAAUCUUUCCUCUUGCAUUUUCUUCAUCACCCCUAAUUACUCACUCAAGGAAUUUAAUGCCGCCUGUAAAAGCAUCAGAGCCAUCAGCCCAGCAUCAUCGGCCACCGCCGCCCCUCCUGACUCUCUCAUUAACUUAUAUGGUCAAAUCUCCAGCUGCCCUGGUUCCCUGCUGUAAAACAAUCCUUCCUCUGUGAGAAGCUGUGGAAUUUCCCUUAUUGAUGGUUCAAAUGGCUCCUGCUUGUAAACCUCUUACUGAGAUGUUCCUUGAUAGUGUUUCUGCUGGAGGCAGGGGCAGGGGGAGGGGAUGGGAGUGAGGGGUGAUCACUUCAGGCUGUUAUUUCAAUUCCCUGGCUUUACUGCGUUGCCCACACAUCGCAGGGAAGUGCUGCUGCUUCUUCAGCAUCUCUAACUCAGCUUGUGGCUGCAUUUCCAUAGUCCAAAGUGCCCCAGCCAAAGGCCCGGUGCUGUCACGGCAGCGUGUGCGGGAUCUGUGCAUCAGCAGCCGGGUGAAGCUCACUGUUUACACAUCUCCUGGCCUCUUCCCAGGGAGGAUUUGUCAAGCCUGGCUGGUUUUCACGCUGGCCAUUUGGUCCUUUAUCUGCCAGCCACACACCUGCUGUUCCUUCCAUCUGAAUUGUUGAGCCCUGGUGAUUUUUCUCGUUAACCGCUGUUAUCUCCUAGGUCUUGUAGGCUUCCCAUGUUAAAGACUGAUCUUAGACCUCUGUAAAGUGCUUUCAGGGAGGGAGCAGAUCUCAUUUAGGAACAGUCUUGAUCCAACUUGAUCUCCACUGAACUAUUUCAGGUAACCUCUCUGAUCCUGUGUCGACAGAGAUCCUGUGAACAGCUUGAGGAACUUUGGGCUUUGGGAGGUACUUCUGGCCACAAUUUAAUGCUGGAUGUGACCACUGAAAGCUUUUUCUUUUCACUCGUAUGGAGUGCCACACCAUUGGCCUUAAGGCAACAAAGGGAUUUUAUUCUCAUAACCCAUCAUGGAAUUGCAUAUGAGGCACAUGGGAGAAGGGCCAUAUGUGGCAUACCCUGCAAUGCUCAUCCAGUUGCCUAACCCACCACUGCUCUUUUAAGAUCUUAUUCCCAAGUGUCAGCAGCCAGGCAGAUGCAGACAGUUUCCUACCACAGUGGUCCUGCAGUGCAGCAGGAAAAAUUUCCUUUUUCUCUAGGAAAUCAGGGGCCCUUCCCAGGGACUCUGGGGAAAUUUGCUUUUUCUUCUCCUGUUGAAUGAAGUUCCAUUUGCUACAGGAGUUGUGAAAGUUUUAACUGCUUUAAUAUUGCUUUUUUUUUUCUUUUGAGCUGUCAUUUGCAGAGAAACUGAGAUAUGUAAGGACUCAGGAGCUGUUAAUAGAAAAUUAAAUAGGCCAUUUUGGCAGGGUUUGGGCUAAAAAAUAACUGAAGCCUCUGAAGCCCACAUAACACUGUAGAAGCUGACACUGCAACCACACUUGAUCAUGAUAUCCACGAGUCCAAGUCCAUAUUUUCCUCUGAAUCCAACCUCAUGUAAAACACUAAAAGGACAUAACACUAGAAUCGCAGGGUGAGGACAUGAGCACUGUUUGCCAUUGGAGGAAGAAUUACCUGGCAUGCUCCCAGAUGAAGCUCUAAGCCUCUCUAAGCAUUCUCUCUCGUUUUGGCUGCCUUUAACCAGCUUUCACUCCAGAAAAUGCCAAACCCUCUUUGGAAUAUCCAGUUUUUGCCAAGUCCUGGGGGCGGAAGGUGAAGGUCCGACGCGAUGCGCGGAGCCGCGUGCGCCGUUUCUCGUUGCACGGCUGGAAUAUGCCUUCUCUUGAAAAUUUCCUGGUACUUCAGGGCUCUGAAAUUUGCACAAGGGAGCAUAAAUGUCAUAAAUCUCAUAGAGAUAACCCUGGUUGUUGAACCAAAGGAGCACCUCUUCUCAUUUGCCCUGUAAUUCCCAUCCGUUCUGCUGCUAGUGCUCAAUUUGUUGGGAAAUCUUUACAUCUGAUGAGGGUUGACAGGGUUGAGUCCCCACUCCUGUACUAAUUGCCAAUUGCUGCCACUGCAGGGGUCUUCACAAAGGAUGUAGAGUCAUGCACUGAUACUGUUUUAAAGCAAAAAUAUCACUACAUAAAAUAACGUGUAUAUCCCUGAAAUGACUCCAGUGAAGUGCUAAAGGGAAAGAGUACAAUCAAGGCAUCUGAUACUGAAAGGAAGCUUCUCCUCAGCUCAACAUCCCCACUGGAAGAGGGACCUGAAGAGGCCGUGGAAGGCUGUGGAUAACCAACACUGCCCCAGCGGAGCCGGCGGGGUGGGAGGGCCGGGCGCAGGGCAUCAGGGGCAUCGUGCCUGGCAAGGCCAAAUCUGCUGACCCCUCUCAUCUGCCUGGUGAGGAAGAGGAGUGUCAGGGGUUUUUUUAAAACAAAACGGUGUUUUUAAUUGUUUUUUCCACGUAAAUGGAAGGAACCUUACGCAACAGCAGAUCCUUCUGAACAAAAUGGCUGUAUCCGCUGACUGUUUUUAAAACAAAAACAAAAAAAAAGAGAAAAACUGUUUCAAAACUUUUUAGUGUCAAAAGCAUAAACUCAGAAAUCCUGACUUUUUCCAGUGUGUGUGGUGAGUGCUGUAACCCUGUCAUCAGUAUCUCCCCUGACUUUUUCAGGGGUGUUUUUUUCCUGUUUUGUUUUCUGCUUGUCGAUAUUGUCUGUGUGGUCCUAAGGCUGGGGCAGUUACCAACAAUGUGUGUCUAUUGUCGGUUUGAAACAAAAGAUAGUAGUAGAACUGAAAAAGAUGUGUUUUAAAAAAUAUAUAAAAAUAAAUUUCAUUAAAAGGAAUUCAAGUAAAGAAGCAACAAAGCCAUGACUCCUCCUCUCGGGAUUGCACGGAAAAGGAUUUGUGGGCUUUUAAUUACAACCAGUUGCCUUUCACAGGCUUUUGAGGUCCAAGGCAGCUUGGCCUCUUAGGAAAUGUUACAAACCCUGUAUAAAUUCCUGCUUUCCCAGGUUUAUACUGUACAUGUGUAAGACAGAAAUGGGCAGAAUGAAACAGUAUUUUGGAAGUCAGUCUUUUCUGGUAACAGUUAUCAACACCAGGUGUCCCCUAAGAUGGGAACCACUGAUGUGAAUGCUUUGGCCAAAUUUUCUGGUUUUUCAUCCCACCCCUUGAUGCCAGGGACAUGAGCAAGUGCAGAUCAGCUGGUACAGGUAGUUGAGUGUAGGUUCAGUAUUAAAGUUUCAUUUCCUUGCCUCUGGUGUUGGUCACCAAGUGUGUUAUGGGGCAGGAAAGGACCAGCAGCCACUUUCUGCUUUGGUUGCAUCAAAGACUUGCAUUGCUUGAAAGGAACAUCCUGAAGCUAAACUGGUGUGUAAGGUUAACAAAAAAAACCCUGACAAAUCGCUUUAGCUAUGAACAUAGGUAAAGAAUUUCAUUAAGUGAAUGUAUUUUUAUUAUCAAACUUAACCAUAUGCUGUUUGCCCCCAUUUUGCAAGCUUAGUUCAGAUCUUGAAAAUCAAGUCAAUGUGGUUUGCUUUUAAGAAAAUAUUCCCAUUAGGCACUUGGUGCUUUGGUAGGGCUUUUUGUUCAAAACAUUGGUUUCUUUCACUUGGAAACUGAUAAGAAAUGGAUCUAUUGGUCUUGUAUACUGUUAUUAGUAAUAAAAUGUGCUUAUCUUAAAAACCAAGUUUUAAGCCAAAUUUUAGAAGUAGACAUUGUUCCUUUUAUCUGCCCCAUCUUCCCAGCUCUCUUUGGACAAGGCCAAGUCCUCCCUCCCUCCCUGCCCAGGGGUGGCUGCGUUUGGCCCCUCAUUACACACUCAUCACAGUAUACCUGGGGAGGCUUUAGUGUAAGAUGCCUUUAUUUGUCCAGAUGCUGGAGGAGGACUGAUCCAAUGGGACCACAAACAGGGAAUAACUUCUGUGCUAGCCCAACAUGCUGCUCCAAGCCCACUAGAACAGUAUAUUGCUGUUUCCUUCCAAGGCAGUGACUGAGGAGAGCUGCGCACAGCGUUCACAAAUCAUCUGUGGAGUUGAAAAAUCAUCUGUGGGAUGCCCCAUCCACUCCACAGGCACAGAUCCCUCGUUUGCUUUGGAAGAGACGUGUUGCACUUUAGUGGAGGGGGAGGCAGGCUUUAGGGAUGGGAUCUGGUGUACUUGAAUUCCUUUUGGAAAUGACAGCAGCGGGAGACAUUGGUGUCCGUGAUGCGAGCGCGCACGCUGCCUUCAACUUGUAUGUGUUUUAUUGCUGGAGUCAUGUUACUGACAGGAUAAUGAAAUUGCAAAGAAAAUGUGUUAUAUUCAACUUUGCCUUGAUAAUAUAAACACUUUGUUCAUUUUUUUUUCUUCUUUUUUUAUUCACAGACUUAAGUUCAUCAGGAAAUUAUAAAAUUAUUUAAAAAUU